UUCGAUUCAUUGGGCAAAAGCGCAGAAAAUGGUGGAUUUCGACUGCGAGACCAAGGCGGUCUCCCCACCCGACGCGUCCCUCAACUCGCCCACCAAGAUGAACGGCAACAGCAGCAACAGCAACGGCAACGGCAACGGCAACGGCAACAAGCAGCAGCAGCAGCUCCCGCUCUUGCUCCCGGCCACGCCGCCCUUCCGCUGCCCCGCGGGCUUGGCGGCCGCCUCCGCUCACGCCGUCGCCGCCUACGAGCAGUACCUGCGGCUGCCGGAGCUGAGGCGGCUCUGGGGCGCCCGGGAAUUCCCCGGGUGGAAGGCCGAGCCCCUGCUCAGGCCCGCCCUGCAGGCCCUCGAGAUCACCUUCCGGUUCGUCUCCACGGCGCUCUCCGACCCGAGGCCGUACGCCAACCGCCGCGAGUGGAGGCGGCGGCUCGAGUCCCUCGCCGCCGGCCAGGUCCAGCUCGUCGCCGCCAUCGUGGAGGACGAGGAGGGGGAGGAGGAGGGGGGCCGCGCCGGCGCCGGCGCGGCUCCCCUCGUCGAGUUGAGCUCGGCCGGCGGCGCGCUGGCGCGGGGCGGCAGCUCGGCCGAGGUGUGGAGGAUCCCGGGGGGGGACGCGGCGGCGGCGGUGAGCCGGGCGAGCGAGGGGAGCCUCCUGCCCCGGCUCGCCACGUGGCACACCUCGGAGGACGUGGCGCAGAGGAUCCUGUACACCAUCGAGUGCGAGAUGAGGCGGUGCCCGUACACUCUGGGGCUCGGCGAGCCGAACCUGACGGCGAAGCCGGCCUUGCGGUACGACGACGUCUGCAAGCCGAGCGAGCUGCAUUCCCUGAAGCGCAACGCUUCCGGCGAUCAUCAGGUCGAGAGCAACCACGAGAACCAGUCGCUCCACGCGACGCACCAGAUCCUCGAAUCGUGGAUCCGCGCUUCGAGCGAGCUCCUGAAACGGAUCUCGGAGAGGAUCGAGGCGAACCGAUUCGAGAAAGCCGCGAGCGAUUGCUACUUGCUGGAGAGGUUCUGGAAGCUUCUGGCGGAGAUCGAGGACCUCCACCUCCUGAUGGACCCGGAGGACUUCCUGAGGUUGAAGAAGGACCUCGCCAUCAGGGCCGAGGCGGCCUCCUUCUGCUUCCGGUCGAAGGGCCUCGUCGAGAUCACCGGCAAGUGCAAGGACCUGAAGCACACCGUGCCCCGCGUCCUCGGCGUGGAGGCGGACCCCAACGGCGGCCCGCGGCUGCAGGAGGCGGCCAUGAGGCUGUACCGGGAGAAGCGGGAGGCGGAGCGGAUCCACCUGCUGCAGGCGCUGCAGGCGGUGGAGGCGGCGGCGAAGCGGUUCUUCUUCGCGUACAAGCAGGUGGUGGCGGCGGUGAUGGGGAGCUUGGAGGCAAGGGGGGACAGGGUGGCGGGGGCGGCGGCGGCGAGCUCGGACUCGCUGAGCCGGGUGUUCCUGGAGAACACCUACUUCCCGAGCUUGGACGCCGCGAAGACGUUUCUGGGGCGGAUGCUGAGCGGCGGCGGCGGCGACGACGGCAAAGGCGGUCGGAGUUCGGACCGGCACGGCUCGGGGACGACACGUAGUUAAGGAACAUAAGGGAGCAUUAACAAACAAUUUGGAACGUGACAUUUAUUCUUCGGACUUAAUUUUGGGGGAUUAAUCUUUGUAAAUUUUCACGACACGAUUCGUACAGAAAAAAUUGAAUGUUCAA